ACAUGUCUUUGUAUGGUCCGCUUUUUCCACGGUCCGCCUUGCCUCUCUAAUUGGAAUAAUUUAUCGGUGGUAAAAGUUACUGACACACCAAUAGCAAUUAAAUGGACGAAGAAUUACCGGCUGGUUGGGAGAAACAUACUAGCAGAUCAUCGGGACGAGAUUACUAUUUGAAUAUAUACACCAAAGAAAGCCAGUGGGAACCUCCAAGUGGCCCAGCAAAAAAGAAUAUGUCUAAAGUCCAGUGUUCGCAUCUUCUUGUAAAACAUAAAGACUCGCGUCGACCAUCAUCAUGGCGCGAGGAAACUAUAACAAGAUCUAAACAAGAUGCAAUCAAAAUACUGGAAGGGUACAGAGAUCAGAUAGUUAGAGGAGAAAAAUCGUUUGAAGACUUGGCUUCACAGUUCAGCGACUGUAGCUCCGCUAAACGAGGGGGUGAUCUUGGUCCUUUUGGUCGUGGUCAGAUGCAGAAACCAUUUGAAGAUGCAGGAUUUAGCCUGCAGGUUGGAGAAAUGAGUGGCAUAGUGGAUACAGACUCUGGUGUUCAUAUCAUUAAAAGAACUGCUUAAUGCUUACAUAUAACAUGAUAAAUACAUUAGCACAAAUUUGGAGUAUAGAUUAUGGUUUUCUUUCCACGCAGAAAUUGGGAUUCUCUUUUCAAUUUUCAUCAGCUUUUUAAGAUAUUGUGAUCAUACGUUGUUUUCUUUGUUCAGCUGUCUCACAAUCUGUUCACACAUUAAUAUCUAAAAAUGAAAAUGAAGUACUCAUUUACUUAGGGUAAACUAUGAUAUUCUUGUCAAAAUUAUUUUUAAUUAAACAAGGUUUCUGUUAUCUUGACUAAUAUCAGCAGACAGGCAACUGGGCAUGAACAAUAUUUGCAUAAUUACUUCAUUUCUUAAGAGAUUUCAACUCUGAACUAUGAUCAUUAAGUGGCCAUGGGCAAUUUGUUGUGGGUUUUUAAAUUUGAUGGAAUCAUGGUCUUAUGGUCUUCUGUAUUACUAUGCGUGGGCUUGUGAUUCAUUUUGGCAGAUUUACAUCCCUUUGUUGUUGGUUUUUUAUUUAUUUUCUUCACAUGUCAUAUAUAGAAAUACACAGAAAUACAUUUUUGAAAUUUCAAACGGUUUCAGUCAAACUUUCAAUGGUUAAAAUAGCCAUUGUCCGUAUAGUUAUUUCAAAAUAUUAAAUAUUUACUUCUAUAGUUAAAAUGCCAGUUUUUGAGAAGGGGUUAUUUUUUAAAACUUUUGGUGAAAGUAUUUUGAUAGUCAAAUACAAUAUACAUGUAUUCAUAAGAACUCUACAGCAGGAUUGCUUUUAUUAUAACAUUACAUAUUUGUUGUUAAGGUGUGUUUCAGUAUAGUCUGUGCUUGGUGUAUUUUGUGAAAGUCUGGCAGUUUUAUUUAUCUUUGGAACAUAGAACUAAAUAUACCACCAAUUAUUGAACUGAAGAGUUGGGUAAUGUGACAUUAAUUUCAAAAAAGUAUUUACAAACUUGAUUAUAAAAUGCAAGUUACUUACAAAAUUUACUGUUUUACAAUUAAGAUGUCUUGAUAUUCAACAAUUAUUGUUUACACUGUGCAUAUAUUUACAGUCAUUAAAAAUGGAACAAUGUUUAUAUAUGGUCCAAUCAUAAUCAUAUAUAUUUGUAUGUCUUUUUCAUUUUUCAGAUCAUUGUUUUCUAUUUCAUUUGCCUGUAGUAUUUGUAAUUUCUUUCUUACACAAGUAAAAUUAUAAUGUA